AUGGAAGAAAAGCUUUUGCAAAAAAGGAAACUCAAAGUGGAGUGGGAUAAAAAUUUAACGACAAACAAAUAUGGGAAGAAAACUUUUCCACAAACAGAAAGAAAAAAGUUUUCAUUUCGAGGACAAAGUCUCAGCUUUUUAAGAAAUGACCACAAUAAGCUGUCAAAUUUCUCGAUUCCAUGUUCAACUCUUUGUCAAACUAGGAAAGCAGCUUUGAGAAAGAAACGAAGACGUUUGCUCAAACAACAUACACAUGAUGCACAAGAACAUGAAAUGAAUCCUUGCAACGAUAUUGCAUUAGGUCAGGGACGAAUUCCUUUUGUUUUAUAUUCUUCUUUUGUUUUACGGAUGUUCUACUAUGUUCCUUUUAAUCGGGUUGGAAAAAGGAUAAAAGUGAAGUUUAAUGAUAAUGACGCUCAUUUUCUAUCAAAGAAGUGCCUUGAAGCUAGUUCUAGAACUCAUGAUAAUAAAAAUUAA